GGUAGAUGACAUUCGGCCGAGGAGGGCGAAAACUACGCUAAAGAAGGGAAAGGCAUGGACUGACACAGUAGUAUGAGCUUCGAGAGCCGACUUGCAGUGUUAUCCUCUCACUUGUCUCUGAAACCAGCCAUGGCCUCAGAAAAAGAGGCUGCUCUUGCAGCCGUGCCAUCUGAUUCUCCAACGAUAUUUGACAAAAUUAUUAACAAGGAAAUACCUUCAACUGUGGUGUAUGAAGAUGAUAAGGUCCUAGCUUUUAGGGACAUAUCUCCCCAAGCUCCCACGCACAUUAUAAUCAUCCCCAAAGUCAAGGAUGGUUUAACUGGAAUCUCUAAGGCUGAGGAGAGGCACAUUGAUAUUCUCGGCUACCUUCUUUACACCGCAAAGCUCGUUGCCAAACAGGAAGGUCUUGAAGAUGGCUACAGGGUCGUGAUCAACGAUGGACCAAGUGGAUGUCAAUCUGUUUACCACAUUCAUGUUCACCUCCUCGGGGGACGCCAAAUGAACUGGCCUCCCGGCUAAGCUGGAAUCACUAUUAACUUGGUCCGAGCGGAGCUGGAGGAAGAACUCCAAGAUAAUAUUACUGCCUCACCGACAGUUCCCAGAUAUAAGAGUUGGCUUGUUCAAGUUAAUCUCCAGUGUGUUAACUUAAAAUAAAGGAGGUGAAUGGAUUAGAUGUAAAGAAUUAGGGACCUGCUGGCUAGCGGGUUUUAAAACCUGUUGACAUAAUGACUCCGUUUGGUAGAGCUUAUUUGUUGUUAAAAUAAGCCAGCUUAUGAGUUGUGAAAAAUAAGCUAAUUAUUUGAGCAGGAUAUUCUGAAUGA